CGAAAGCGAACGCAGUCAUACUACACGGACUACAGUCGAUACUGCUUAUCGUCGUAAGCUAUCAAGGUUCGCAUCAGAGCCAGAUACACCAAGGACAUCCUUUAAAACCAAGACGCAAUCUCGCCAAAGACCGAAAACUGAUCACAACACCUUGAAGCCCACUCGGAAGAAGACGAUUGCGGCACCAACAGAGAUCUCUAGCUCAGUGAAGAACAACCCCUUUUUUGUGGCAGACAGGGGAAUGAAGAAAGAAGCCCCAGAACCUGAAAUCACGACGAGAUCAGUUCCAGCUCGCCCCGCGUUUCUCACAUAGAGGAACAAUGCCCCAACCCUGGUUGUAGAGCUACACAUGAUGGUCACCAUCCAACGCGGCAUAGCAUUGGUUGUGCGACCCGGCGUAGUCCAGGAGCACAAGUGGCCGAAGGUAAUGAUUUGGAUGUGAUUGAUACAGAUGAACAUAACCCUAAAGAGAAGAAGCACACACGGUCACUGAGGGAUUCACCAUCCCGAAGCAAGUUACAGAUGAAAAUUGACCAACUCUAUCAUCAUGGACAAGAUCUCCAUCACUCACAGCAUAUCAUAGAGCAUUUAUCAGCUGGUGUGCAGACUCUCGAGUCUUCUACGGAUGAGAAACUCACGAAUGGGCAAGACGGGCGCAUGCGGGCGGACGGCUACAGGUUGAGGGUACAGAGUCAAUAUGGCAUUGAUCACUCCUUGAGUCGAGACGAGACUGUCACAGUAGCAAAAGACACUAUCGAACACAAUCUGAACGAAGAGCCGGCAGUGCCUGACGAGAUUGAGCCACAGCCACCUAAUCUUACCGGUUAUCAUAAGGGGGAUCGGCAUCCGAGCCCAAAGUCUCAUGAACCCCAUGACGAUACCCAACCCAAGGAUGCCCAUUGGAUAAAGUAUCCUAUCAACAAUAACAAGACCCAUGACGCGCCGAGAGACCACACGAGAACAUUGAAUUCACAAAUAGCUAGUGAAAAGUCCGUCUCUCAGUCCAAGGGACCGAAGAAAGGCCUCAACACCUCACCAGAGGCAAAUGAAAGGAUUGCGCCACCAGCUCAAAACAAGUCCUUGUCAGACAAAGGCCAUGAUACUGAUCCCAACUCCGGGAAAAGGAUUGGCAAACUCGAUGAACCCGUUCCUGGGGGGAAAAUGUUGCCCAAACCAACUCCACGUAUCAACAAUGACUCUGAAAGACCGAAAGCCGAGGCUACCGGUAUCUCGUCAUAGAGGACGCAGUUAAGGAAGGUCGAUAGGUCUUCAGAACAGCCACGAAGUCAGCAACUAACCCCUUCCCAUGUCGAGAACUGGAGGCGUGAACUCAGCAGUGUAAAUCAUCGUACGCCACUACCUGAAAAAGACAGGAAGGAUAGUUGCUUCAACUGCAAUCCUACUCAGUCAUCAUCACCUAAGCAAACAGAGGGUGGUUUUCAGAUCUUCGUUGAAGAUGAGUCACAUAACAAGACUGAGAAUGAAUUGAGUGCUGCGUUUGAGUCACCCAUGCCUCGGCUCAAGGUAACAGACAUUGAGCAUUCCCUCGCUCGCAAGAGUGUCGAGGAAUUACUGGCCAAAAGUCCACAGCCACAAGAGAUAGCAGUAGAGGAGCCAAAGAGUACGAGACUCCUGAGCAUAACAGGGGAUCGAUCUCGCAACGACUCUGAAAUGUCAACAUUGAUCUAUGACCCUAGACCUGUGAUGCCUUACAACCACAUGUGUGCUUAGCGAGCACGCUACAUGGACCUCAAGAGCCAAGUUGACGAACUUGGGCUCGAAUCAGGUCGCCCGUCGCCAGCGAAACAGACUCAGGGCGUGUGCUUAAACCCUAAUGGCGAUGUUUACAUUGAGGGCCUCACAGUAGUGAUGCAUUUUAGAGGCAAGGAUGACUUGGUGAUCAAUACAGACUUGAAAGAUGGUCUACAGGAACACAUGAGGCAGCGAUAGAGCAGAGGUUCGCAAGCGUAGGAAGGUUAGAAUGGUCAGUAUAGACCGGACCGGACGGAGAGAGUAUUGCUUUUUUGAUAGUUUAUUUGUUAUUAACUUCAGU